CUGCGUCACACCACAUGCUUAGAUUCUAAAUGACUAGAUGUUGAGGUGACAGUGAGUUUCGAUAAUAGUUUAGGCCAGACUGAUGACAAAAUGUCUGUGUUUCACGAUGAAAUAGAGAUUGAGGACUUUGAAUAUGACGAGGACACAGAAACGUAUUAUUUUCCCUGUCCCUGCGGAGACAAAUUCGCCAUUACUAAAGAGGAUCUGGAGAACGGGGAGGACGUGGCGACAUGUCCGAGCUGCUCGCUCAUUGUUAAAGUCAUCUACGAUAAGGAGUUGUUCAUGUCUGGCGAAAUCAUCGAAGCUCCUUUGGCUUCAGAAUCCAAACUGGAGCUGGUUCGGUCCUGAACUACUGCCUCUGAAAACCACGGACUGGUCCUUUUUAAAAACACUUAAUUUAUGCACAGAGACACUUUGAACUGAACCUGAGUCUGAAGCAAGUUUCAGGGGAUUUAAACUUCUCCUUCAGUGGUUUUAGCUCAUUUACUACAGACUUCAUUUCUUGUCAUAAACCUUUGCACUUUUAGAUUUCUAAAAGUUGUUACUCUGUUUUUGGUCUUAAAUUAACGCUCAGUAAAAUCUGAGAUCUUCAUCACAUCAUUGAAGCUUGAUUUAAAUUGUUUGGUUAAUUGAGAAACUGGUGUGUUCGGUUGCAGACUCUUUACUGGCACUUUUUUAACUGAAGAAAUGUGUUUUGUGUGGUGUUCGUUUGUGUUUGCUCUUUGUCUUCAGGGAGUUUGAUCAAAAUAUUCAUAAAAAGAUGGACAUAUCUUCUCACUAUGAAUAAUAUCUAAAAAUAAAUAGAUGAAAAUAAUAAAAUACAAAUGUGACAAAUUAUGAAAGGCUGAUAUUUAUAAAAUACUAAAAUAGCAAAUAGUAUAAAACAAAUUUAGUAUAAUACAAGUAAUGAA